GUUGAGCUUUGAAUAAAUACGGAUCGCGAAAAAAUGCUCCGCCUUUUCUUGCUCCUGAUUAUCCUGGUUGUUGAGGUGAGGGGAGCCUGCUAUAGAGUUCCUCAGGGAGCCUCCGGUGAUCGUUCGCCUGUGGAUGAUAACUUCAAGAUCCUAAUCGAUGGCAAUCCAGCGACCUAUGUGCCCGAGCAUCAGUACAAUGUUUCAUUAUCGUGCCCCAUAAACCUAAAGUUCGUGAGCUUCACUUUGGUUGUCGAGGCCGAAGAUCCGUCGGCCGCCGGGGAUCAGGAUAUGACUGGUCACUUUGAACUGCUGAGCACCACGGACACCCGAUUCAGUACCGAUUGUGAGAACAUGGUGGAGAGUACGAAUACAAAUGCCAAGAUCCAUAUAGAGGUGUCCUGGAUAGCGCCACGUCAUCCCGAUAGCGGGUGUGUUUUGAUCAAGGCUGGGGUGGUCCAACAUCGUGAUGUGUGGUUUCUGGACGAUGGUUUCUUGACCAAGCGGAUUUGUCCCGAGGAAAUUGACGAGCUAAACAGUCUGACGCCGCCUUUAGAGAAUUGCUGCGCCUGUGAUGAAGCCAAAUAUGAGAUCGUUCUGGAGCGCAAGUGGGCCAGGAACACUCAUUCCAAGGACUUUCCCGCUGAGGCCUGGCGCACACGUUUGGGUGAGAUAAUUGGAGCCUCCCAUAGCCAUAACUAUCGCUACUGGGCCUAUGGAGGAAGAGCUAGUCAGGGCUUGAAGGAGAUGGCCGAGCAUGGAGCCACCCGCACCCUGGAGAAUGAGAUCAGGGAGAACACUCAAAAUGGCGAAGUGAGGACUAUCAUUAAGGCACCUGGCAUUCCCUACCGCUUGAAAUCCUUCGGCACCACUCUGGCAAAUGCUCGUUUGGAUCCUGUACAUCAUCAGAUCUCGCUGGCAUCCAAGAUAGAUCCCUCACCCGAUUGGAUACUGGGUGUGGCAGGACUGGAGCUUUGUCUCAGCAACUGCACGUGGCUGGAACGGAAGGUAUUGAAUCUGUACCCAUGGGAUAUUGGCACCGAUUCGGGUCCUUCUUAUAUGUCCGCAGAUCAGCCACAGGUGCCACCGGAUGUGGUGCGCCGUAUAACAUCAUCAUAUCCCAGUGACUAUCGUUCACCAUUUUACGAUGACACAGGUGCCUCGAUGAAACCCUUGGCCACACUUUAUCUAACCCGAAAGAAACUUUACAUCCGGGAGUGCGAAGAGGUUUCCCAGGAAAGUUCUUUGGAGUGCGCUGUACAUCCCUGGAACGAAUGGACCAAUUGCAGCACACGAUGUGGUGGGGGUUACUCCCAACGUCAGCGUAGCUAUAAGAAUCCCAGCCUAGCAGCCAAUUUCAACUGCGAUAGCAGCUUGGAGGAGGUGCGUCAAUGUCAGGGAACCCAGUGUGGAGCAGCGGAGGAGGAGUUGGAAGGUGAGGAGCCUGGCUUGGGCAUAAAGAAUCAACCAGGAGGUGGUUCAAUAGCCGAGUGCCAGCUGAGCAACUGGGGUGAAUGGUCACCCUGCUCGAAGACAUGUGGCCGAGGAUCCUCCACUCGCACCCGUGAUUACUACAAUCCGCAGGCCAGACAACGUUGUUUGUCAGUCAUGCGACUGCCCUUGGAGGAGACUCGGCAGUGCAUGGGAUCGGAUUGUGGUGGCACCAUUCCCGACAACGGCGAACUCGAUGCUCUACCGGAUCCAGAUGAAUUCGGCGAGAGAGAUCAAGGAGGCUAUGGUGUUAGUAAGAUACCACCUUGGAACAACAGACAGGAUAAUAGCAAUUUUGGAUCGGGCAAUCAGGCGUGGAAUAGAAAGGGUUACAAUACGGGGAACGAUAGAUCCCCUUACAAUCCCAGGGACAACUCGCAGGAGUCUCCUAACUCACCCUUCGACCAGAUAGAAAAUCAGCAGCGGCCCGUUUACAAUCCAUCGGAUAACUUGGGUGGCUACGACAAGGGAUUUCCUCCUUCAAACAGCUACAGCAAUGAUAAGCUUGUGGGCAACAAACCCGGUUACAAUGACUUAAAUCAGGGCUAUAAGAAUACGUAUAACGAGUACACUACCCCUAGCUACAGGCCGGUAUUUACGACUCGCUCUCCCUACGGUGGUCGAUAUCCCAACCGGCAGCAGGAUGCGGAGGAUGUUCCACCCUCCAGCGACAAUAACGCCAUCUAUAAUGUGGUUCAAGAUUACUGUUUCGAGAAACCCUAUGCAUCAACACGCCCAUGUCUGGCCACUCCAGUGGUGGUGAGCAACUUUUGGUUCUACGACCACGAAGAUCACGAGUGCAAGAUCUUCACCACGGACAACUGCGAUGAGAAUAGGAACCGUUUCCGUACCCUGAUGGCCUGCGAGGGCACCUGUCUGCAGCCACAAAUCAACAUGGAGCGAUCCGAAAACGAUGCCAUGGAUCUAUAUGGAGGCGGGUCCUAUGACCAAACGCAAACGGGAGGUAGAUCCUAUGAUCAAUUAGGGCGUAGAACGGGAAGCUAUGAUCAAACGGGAGGUAGGUCCUAUGAUCAAACGGGAGGUAGAACGGGAAACUAUGAUCAAACUGGAGGUAGAUCUUAUGAUCAAACGGGAGAUAGAACGGGAAGCUAUGAUCAAACGGGAGGGAGAUCCUAUGAUCAACCGUUAGAUAGGUCCUAUGAUCUAGCAAAAGGUAGACUCUCUAACCGACUAAAAGGAACCUCCUAUGCUGGAGGAGCUUACGAUUCUCAAUUUGUUGAUGCAGCUGGAGAUAUUGGAGAACCCAUGUCGCAGACCAAAAGCAGAUACGAAACAUCAAGACGUGGUCGUUACGGUGGCUGAACAGAUACUAUAACAUUACAUCGAAUAA